AUGACUAGUCAUUUGGGUGAUUCUAAAUUAUCAUUAAAAAUACUACACAGACUCUAUUUGGCAAUUGGAUCAUCAGCAGGAUUUCUGUUAAUAGAAUUAUCAGUUCCUUCUUCAAAGACAUCUAAAUCCUCUUCUCCUUCAAAAGAUGCUAAUGUUCAGUCAUUAUUUUCGAUAUUAUCAUCUCUGAGUGUCAUAUCAUUAGUUACUUCAUUUGCAUCAAGCAGUUCAUCUUCAUUAUCAUCACCAACAGAUUCUUGA